AUGCCCGACCUAAAAACAGGCCUCGUGCAGCCCUUCCUAGGCGCACUUCAGGCCUGCACCUCCGUUCUACUGACCCUGCUAUACGGCGUCAUAACUCGACAAGCCAACCUCAUCAAUGACGAUACCAUAAACCAAAUGUCCGCUAUAUGCGUGAAGAUAUUUCUUCCGGCGCUGAUACUGGUCAAGUUGGGCUCCGAGUUGAGUUUGGAGAUUGCUUCACAUUAUAUUCCUGUUUUCGUAUGGUCGAUUCUUUAUACGAUUGUAUCCAUCGGUUUCGGGCAUGUGUUUUCUCGCUGUUUGCAUCUACCCACCUGGGUGACGCCAGCAGUAACAUUCAACAAUACAAGUUCUUUACCGCUACUACUUCUACAAACUCUCCAGUCAACUGGCAGUCUAAAACUGAUCACAAUGCCAGACCAGUCAGAGUCCGAUUGCAUGAACCGUGCUCAAUCAUACUUUCUGGUCUGUGCCGUGGUAUCAAAAACCAUGGCCUAUGCCCUUGGACCAAGGAUGUUGGGCCACAAAGAUGCCAGCAGGGACAAUCAAGAGAAUCAUCACGAUGAUGAAGAGAGCGGCAGUAGUUCUUCGAAUGUAUCAAACGAGCAAGAGGAAGAAUUAGACGAACAAACCUCCCUCCUCCCGAACCCAAUCCAAAAGGCACGCCAGAGAUUCUCGUCUAAAUCCCACCGACUUCUCCACACCUUCAUCCCUGGGCGAGUCCGGCAUCGUAUCGAUUCUAUCGAUUCACCACCUUUCCUCGAUACGGCAAUCCUCUGCACAGCAACGGGGGUACUAAUAGGAUUAAUCCCCAAACUUCAUCAAGCGUUUUUCUCCCCGUACGAAGACGGGGGCAUAUUUAAUGCCUGGUUGAUAUCGAGUAUCGAGAAUCUAGGGACGUUAUUCACGUCUCUACAGGUGUUUUUGGUCGGGUGUAAACUCGGUGUUAGUUUUCAGAGGAUGAAACGAUCUUCCUCUUCUUCCUCCUCCAAUGACCAAGACGAAGAAGAAGGUUCAGGCAGGGUCCCUAUCAAAGCUGUCCUGGUAGUUUACACUAUACGCCUGAUUCUCUGGCCUAUAGUAAGCAUCCUAACAACCUACCUCAUAAUCCGCUACACAUCCAUUCUCCCCCACGACCCAAUCCUCUGGUUCACGCUAAUGGUCCUUCCAACUGGUCCACCGGCACUCAUAAACUCCGGACUUGCGGAAUUGAGUGAUCAAGUCACGAAAGCUGAUAAGAUGGCUAUUGCGAAGAUGUUAGCUAUCAUGUAUGCCCUUUCGCCAUCUAUAUGUUUUACAAUAACCGGUGCACUCAAAGCUACCGAGGCAGUUCGGACCCGGUAG